AUGGAAGUAUCGUUUGAAGUCUACCGCGGCUCACCCGGUGGUCACAUUGUAUCAGAUACAACAACUCGAAUCUUAGGACACAAUGAGAUCUUCAUUGAAAUCACCCACUCAGGUCUCUGUGGAACAGACGAGCAUUUUUUCAACUCAACCCAAGUUUUAGGUCAUGAAGGUAUUGGUAUCGUUAGGCUUCUGGGCUCGAACGUGACCUCAGUCAAGGUUGGCGAUCGCGUUGGCUUUGGAUAUGUGCGCAAGGUCUGCGGUUGGGAUCAAUACUGCCGUAGUGCUAGGAUCUACGGUGAAUGUGACUUUGACGUCGGCACCUUUGGCCACGGCACAGUCUGGGAUGCCAGUUGUGUCUUUCCUAUUCCCGAUGGCUACUUAUCUGAAGAUGCGGCGCCUCUCCUCUGUGCUGGGGCCACAGUCUGGAACUGUCUGAGUCGUUUUGGUGCUCGCCCAACAGAUCGGGUUGGCAUCCUCGGCAUUGGAGGUCUGGGCCAUUUGGCUAUCAAGAUUGCCGCCAAGAUGGGAUGUCACGUCGUGGUCCUAUCUCGAACCGACGACAAGAAAGAGGAUGCGCUUCGAUACGGCGCGGAUGAGUUUCAAAUUCUAGAUCAGAUUGACCACUCCUCCUUUCAGCCGUUAAAGCAUCUGCUGCUCUGUGGAAGUCACUUGCUCAACCAAGCAUCGAAACUGAUGCGCCUCAUGGACACCAAAGGGACUAUUUACCCUCUAACGGUUUCUAUGGCAGACACACCCGUCCCAUUCCUCCCCAUGAACUUUCGUGGGGUUCGAAUCCAAGGAAGUCUAGUCGCUUCCCGACAGGAUCUUCGGGAAUUGUUAGAAUUCUGUAAUCGCAAGAAAAUCAAGCCCACCAUUAUGAAGUUUCCUCUGACACCAGCUGGGGUUGAAGAGGCCAUGCAAAAAUUGAGAAAUGGGCAAAUCAAGUACCGGGCAGUUCUAGUGCGUGAGCCGCUUCCAGGAGCAGCUUAG